ACUGCCUCAGAGGACAAACCGGGGCGAUAGUGCGCCUUCAGCUUCGGGCUUCAGAGAGAAUCCAGCUCCUCGUCGCGGAACUCGUCCGCCGUUUUCAGGCCAGCGCUUCAGCUCCAGGCGAGAGAGGAGAGCACCGGCAUGGCUAAGAGCACGGCCAUCGGCAUCGACCUGGGCACCACCUACUCGUGCGUGGGGGUGUUCCAGCACGGCAAGGUGGAGAUCAUCGCCAACGACCAGGGCAACCGCACCACCCCCAGCUACGUGGCCUUCACGGACACCGAGCGGCUGAUCGGGGAUGCGGCCAAGAACCAGGUGGCGCUGAACCCGCAGAACACCGUGUUUGACGCGAAGCGGCUGAUCGGCCGCAAGUUCGGCGACCCGGUGGUGCAGUCGGACAUGAAGCACUGGCCUUUCCGGGUGAUCAACGACGGGGACAAGCCCAAGGUGCAGGUGAGCUACAAGGGGGAGACCAAGGCGUUCUACCCGGAGGAGAUCUCUUCCAUGGUGCUGACGAAGAUGAAGGAGAUCGCCGAGGCGUACCUGGGCUACCCGGUGACCAACGCGGUGAUCACCGUGCCGGCCUACUUCAACGACUCGCAGCGCCAGGCCACCAAGGACGCGGGCGUGAUCGCGGGGCUGAACGUGCUGAGGAUCAUCAACGAGCCCACGGCCGCCGCCAUCGCCUACGGGCUGGACAGGACGGGCAAGGGGGAGCGCAACGUGCUCAUCUUUGAUCUGGGCGGGGGCACCUUCGACGUGUCCAUCCUGACGAUCGACGACGGCAUCUUCGAGGUGAAGGCCACGGCCGGAGACACCCACCUGGGUGGGGAGGACUUUGACAACAGGCUGGUGAACCACUUCGUGGAGGAGUUCAAGAGGAAACACAAGAAGGACAUCAGCCAGAACAAGCGAGCCGUGAGGCGGCUGCGCACCGCCUGCGAGAGGGCCAAGAGGACCCUGUCGUCCAGCACCCAGGCCAGCCUGGAGAUCGACUCCCUGUUCGAGGGCAUCGACUUCUACACGUCCAUCACCAGAGCGAGGUUCGAGGAGCUGUGCUCGGACCUGUUCCGCAGCACCCUGGAGCCCGUGGAGAAGGCCCUGCGCGACGCGAAGCUGGACAAGGCCCAGAUCCACGACCUGGUCCUGGUGGGCGGCUCCACCCGCAUCCCGAAGGUGCAGAAGCUGCUGCAGGACUUCUUCAACGGGCGCGACCUCAACAAGAGCAUCAACCCCGAUGAAGCGGUGGCCUACGGGGCGGCUGUGCAGGCGGCCAUCCUGAUGGGGGACAAGUCUGAGAACGUGCAGGACCUGCUGCUGCUGGACGUGGCUCCCCUGUCGCUGGGGCUGGAGACGGCUGGGGGCGUGAUGACUGCCCUGAUCAAGCGCAACUCCACCAUCCCCACCAAGCAGACGCAGAUCUUCACCACGUACUCGGAUAACCAGCCCGGGGUGCUGAUCCAGGUAUACGAGGGCGAGAGGGCCAUGACGCGGGACAACAACCUGCUGGGGCGCUUCGAGCUGAGUGGCAUCCCACCGGCCCCCAGGGGAGUGCCCCAGAUCGAGGUGACCUUUGACAUCGACGCCAAUGGCAUCCUGAACGUCACGGCCACCGACAAGAGCACGGGCAAGGCCAACAAGAUCACCAUCACCAACGACAAGGGCCGCCUGAGCAAGGAGGAGAUCGAGCGCAUGGUGCAGGAGGCGGAGAAGUACAAAGCCGAGGACGAGGUCCAGCGCGAGAGGGUGUCUGCCAAGAAUGCCCUGGAGUCGUACGCGUUCAACAUGAAGAGCGCAGUGGAGGAUGAGGGGCUCAAGGGCAAGAUCAGCGAGGCGGACAAGAAGAAGGUGCUGGACAAAUGCCAGGAGGUGAUUUCCUGGCUGGACGCCAACACUUUGGCCGAAAAGGACGAGUUUGAGCACAAGAGGAAGGAAUUGGAGCAGGUGUGUAACCCUAUCAUCACUGGACUGUAUCAGGGGGCGGGUGGCCCCGGGGCUGGUGGCUUUGGGGCUCAGGCUCCCAAGGGUGGCUCUGGGUCUGGCCCCACCAUUGAGGAGGUGGAUUAG